AUGACACAAGCACAAAUGUGGUUCGGUGCCAUGGGGAAAGGCAAAAAAAGUUUCGUGCAUUUCCAUUGUUGGGAAAUUGUGAAUGAUUGUUCGAGAUUCAAAAUUAUUCACAGCGGUCAGCCGGUUGUGAUGAAUGAGACGCCACUCCACGAUUCGACAUCAACCGAUUCUCCAUUGGACUCCCCAAUGGAAACGGAGUCACCAUUUGUGCCACGUCCGCCGAGACCUAUUGGGAGAAAGGCGGCGAGGGCCAAGAGAUGGGGCACUUCAACCAAUGAAUGUGUACAAUUAUUGGAGCAAAUAGCUAAGAGCACCUCACUAAGAAUGGAGAGAGACUUGAAAAGAGAUGAAAUGGACGUGGCACGAGAGGAAGCAUUUGUUAUUCAACAACAAAAGGCACAAGAAAAAGACAUAGAGGAUAGAGAGAUGAAAAUCAUGGCCAUGGAUACGAGCCAUAUGUCUCCCGAAACAAAGGCCUAUUGGAAGCUACGACGAAGAGAUGUGAUGAGAAGAAAACUUUUCCAUGACGACGGACCUAGCAAUACGGAUUGGUUAAAUGAUGAAAACCAUUAG